AUGAUCUUCAUCCUUGUUUACUGCACCGCCGUUAUCUCUAUAGGGCAUAUUAACCCAGCAGUAACGUUUGGGCUUUUCAUAGCCCGUAAAGUGUCACUAAUCCGUGGUGUGAUGUACAUGGUGGCACAAUGCUUGGGUGCAAUGUAUGAAGUAGGGCUAGUAAAGGCCUUCCAAAAGUCUCACUAUGUGCAGUAUGGUGGUGGGGCGAAUGAGAUCGCCGAUGGCUACAGCAAAGGGGUGAGUUUUACAGCUGAAAUUAUUGGUACCUUCGUCUUUGUCUACACUGUUUUCUCUGCUACAGAUCCCAUGAGAAGUGCCCGAGACUCCCAUGUUCCUGUAUUGGCACCACUUCCAAUUGGGUUUGCAGUUUUGUUCCCCCCCUCGCUAAAAGCAUCGACGAACCAGGAAUUUAAUCAGCAAAUUCCUAUGUUUAAUCAUCCUUUGAAGAUCCUUUGUCGUGUUAUACACAUUGAGUUGCUGGCAUUCCUCUUUGCUGAACAAGAAGCAAAUGGAGUUUAUGGGCAAAUUACCUUACAACCUGAAGCAGAUCAAAGUGAGCCUUGGAGUCCUGAUCCAAGCACUCCUGAACCUCCGCGACCUCCGCGACCUACCGUUCACUCUUUUGGAAACAUGCUAACGAAUGCCUUCCUCCAUUGUCAUGCUGCACUGAAUUGUGGGCAAUGCUAA